UGUACCAUGCUGUCGUUGGCACCGAGCUGUGACGCGCUCAGUAGUUUCCUACAUCACCUGAACGCAGCACCCGGUCGGUCUCCACGGUAACGGCUAACAACGGAAGAAGAUGGUUCACAUCACAGAGGACAUGGUGCGGCGGAGAGCUGAGCACAACGACUGUGAGAUCUUCUCUCUGGAGGAAGUUUCUCUGCAUCAGCAGGACAUCGAGAGGAUCGAGCACCUGGACAAGUGGUGCAGGGACCUGAGGAUCCUCUACCUGCAGAACAACCUGGUCUCCAGGAUGGAGAAUCUCAGUCGCCUGAAGAAACUGGAGUAUUUGAAUUUGGCCUUGAACAACAUUGAAGUCAUUGAAAACCUCGAAGGCUGCGAGAGCCUCCAGAAGUUGGACCUGACGGUGAACUUCAUUGGCUGUUUGAGCAGCGUCGAGUCUCUGAGACACAACAUCCACCUCAGAGAGCUGUUUCUGGUCGGGAACCCCUGCACCUUGUUUGAGGGCUACAGACAGUUCGUGGUUUCCUCUCUGCCCCAACUCAAGUGGCUGGACGGGACGGAGAUCAGCCGAUCGGAGAGGAUUCGAUCCUCGCAGGGACUAGAGGAGGUGAAGAGACGAGUGCUAGAGCAGGAGAAAGAAUACCUGAGGAGGAGAGCCGAGGAGAGGGAGGAGGUGCAGAGGAAAGCUGCAGGAGAAGAGAGAGGAAACAAGGAGAGGAGAGGAGGUCCUGACGGCAGCUGGAAAACUAACACAGAUCGAAGGCUGGAGGAGAACGAGGAGAGCCAGGAGGUGGAGGAGAACGAGGAGAGCCAGGAGGUGGUGGAGAACAAGAAGCCGCAGGCGACGAGCCCCGACCUGGACGAGGAGCAGCAGGAGGAGGAGUUCUGGCACACGCCGUGUUCGUUCACCCCCGAGUCUCGUCUGGAGGCUCAUCGCCACCUGGAGGAGAAGAGGAGGGCGAAGGAGAAGUAG